UGCUGUGUAUGAUAUAUUAUACAGUUUGAAUUGACAAAAUUAUCUGAACGUGGACGUUUUAAAGCAAAAAUGAAGGAAGCCACAGUCGUUUGGGCCAAGUUAUUUCUUAUACUCAUCAUUUCAACUAAACCUCUUGGUCUCAACGGCCUCAGUGAAUGCAAGCACCUAGGAAACAAUUCGUGUCUAGGCCACAAUGAAUGUUGUUCUGGUUAUUGUUAUAAGGAACCCGGUUGGGAAUUGGGAGUGUGUAAAAGAGCAGAGAGUGCCGAACAAUUAGAAGAUGAAGAAAACGUUUUCGAAAAAGGCGUUUGUGCGUUUUACAAAGGAGGCAAUACGACUGCAAGCGGUGACGUAUUCGAUGAAAACGAGAUGACCGCCGCUCACCGGACAUUGCCGUUUAACACGAUGGUUAAAGUGGAAAUUAUGGGCGCCAGCGUGGUGGUCAAGAUCAACGAUCGCACGAAUAAUUCGAACCCGCAUACUUUGGACAUGUCACUUGCGGCUGCUACGAGUAUAGGCAUCAAUGAUAGAGGCGAUGUACAAUGUCAGUUAAUACUUGUAAACUAUGUGGGUUGCACGCCAGAUUUAGGAAACACGUGUGUGAUGCAUCACGAAUGCUGUUCACAAAACUGUUUCAGGGAAAUGUUUUCUGAGGUAGGGUUUUGCAUACCAAAAUAAUAAGCUGGAAUCUGAGUGCAGUUCAGUUUAACGACAAUGGUCAGCUAGUGGAAAUUAAAUAGUAUUAUAAUAUAUAAUUUGUUGGUUCAAUUUCCGCCUUUGAAUAAUACCCCUCUGUAGUAACUAUAAUAUAGAUUGUAGAUAAUAUCAUAUUAUUUAUAAAUAAAUAUUUGUUUGGAAAUCAUCAUAUAAAGUAC